AUGGUGUUACCCCAUAAAACAAAAUCAACUGAUAGUCGACACGAAUUAACUACGAAAUCAAAACAACUCAAGACAACAAUAGCGAACAGUAAACAAAAGCCAUCUCAUACGAGACGAAAAAAAUUACCCAAACGCGUGGAUUUAAACAAUCCACCAACGAGCACAAAAACAUUACGUCGAAGUCGCCGUUUGACUAAGAAAGGCAAACAAUCAUCUGCUUUAUCGUGUGAUUCAACGAUUGUCUUACCUGUUACUUCUUCAACUCCUCUUCAUUCUGAUCCCACCUGUGCUACAAAGAUCUAUCCAUUACGCUCACGUUUGCGACGAACAUCACUAACGAAUACGAAUUUAACAACAGCAACUGCAAUUAAUAAACCCACUCGACGUUUACGUACUUCAAAACAACAAGAUCAAUCAUCAACAUCAUCAUCGAUGGGUCUUCGUAAUGGUAAAAUAGUUAGCUUACGUUCAAUUAUAUCAGGAUCAACAUCUCAAACAACUCAAGAAAUUACAACAGCCACCCUUCCCUUACUGGCAUUCAACCCAUUACCGCGACAUCAUCAUCAUUCAAUCAAUUCCUCUUCAACGUCCGUCACAUCAUCGUCAUCAUCUUCGUACUCAUCAGCAACAUCGAACAAUAAUAAUAAUAAUAACAAUAAUAAUAAUAAUGAAUUAAACUCCAACGUAUGUCAAUACCAUUAUUCAAAUAUUACAAAUCAUCCAUCGUUAGACUCAAGUAAACACUUUCCUGUUCGACUUGACAUUCUUCUGGAUCGACCACCUGUAUCACGAGAGAAACAAAUUGAAUAUGGAUGGAAUCAUGAUGAUCGUUCAAUGAAUAUUUUUGUUAAACAUAAUGAUCCAUGUACAUUUCAUCGACAUCCUGUUGCUCAAAGUACAGACGCAGUUCGUUGUAAAAAAGGCUUGACUAGUGGAAUUCAUGUUUGGGAAAUCGAAUGGAAUACAAGACAACGUGGGACGCAUGCAGUUGUAGGUGUUGGUACGAUAAAAGCACCAUUGCAUUGUCCGGGCUAUCAAGCACUCGUUGGGAUGAAUCAGGAAUCUUGGGGGUGGGACUUAGGUCGAAAUAAACUUUAUCAUAAAGGUGUUAACAGUAUCUAUGCUUCAACACAGUAUCCAUCGGCAGUAACAGCAUCGAGUUCUCCACUACCGACGACGACAACGUCGACAAUAACCGAUCCGGCUGAUGCUAUUAACAACAAUGGCAUAUCGUAUCCAUCGAAAUCCGAAGAAAGUUUUAUUGUACCCGACAAAUUUCUUGUCGUUUUGGACCUCGAAGAAGGAACAUUGGCUUACAUUGUCGAUGGGCAAUACUUAGGUGUAGCGUUCAAUGAUCUGAAAGAUAAGGGUGCACUUUAUCCGAUGGUAUCAUCUGUAUGGGGUCAUUGCGAAAUCACCAUGCGUUAUAUCAAUGGCUUGGAGCCCGAACCACUUCAAUUAAUGGAUUCGUGUCGACGAGUGAUACGAAAACGAUUAGGUCGAUCGAAUUUACAUUUAAUCAACCAAUUGACAUUACCUACUUCACUUCGUAAUUAUCUCGUUUAUCAGUAG